AUGACUGAUGCGCAGGAUGACAGCAUGCUUGCCACCGAUAAGGUGAAGACUGAAAUGAUCAAUCCUAAACUGCGGACGAAGCUAAGUGAGUAUGGUCGCCGAAGCCGAACGGAUGGCCCAUACAGAGACAACCUUGAAUGCGAAGCUCUUGUAGUCGGAGGCGGGUUCGCCGGUGUAUUCAUGUUCUGGUCUCUGAAGCAGCAAGGACUGGAUGUGAUCAUGUAUGAAGCUGGAACGGAUCUAGGAGGUACCUGGAGAUGGAAUUGCUACCCUGGAGCCAUGGUGGACUCAGAGGUUCCAGAGUACCAGCUCUCCAUACCUGAAGUCAUGAAGGAGUACGCAUUCUCAUCGGAGUAA